AUGGAAGGGCUACCAAUUCCCCAAAAUAUUCACAUUAUAUCUGCAACUGAAAACAGCCUCAAUGUCAAUUUGGACACACAGCCUCAACAGCAAAAUGAAUAUUCUAUUAGAAUAACCACUGAUGAAGUAGCUAAUUUCUCUAAAGUCUUUCGUACACAAGAGAAAGAAUACAACAUUACUUCCCUCAUACCUGGAAUCUUGUACAAGAUCUUUGUCAGCAUUGUCAGUGAUGGAUUGCAAAGCAAAGAAUUCAUGUUAAAGAAUUACACAGUUCCAGCAGCACCUGAACUAAAUAUUUCCAAAAAUGGAACUGAUUAUGUCCAGUUAAGCAUUAAAAGAAAUGGAACCCUCUGCAAUAAUUUUCAUAUUAAUGAAGAACUCUCAAACCAUUCCAGAAUUGAAGAAGAUGGUGAAAUCUGCACAAUGAAACUGGUGAAUUUAGAACCUGGUCGAAAAUAUUACUUGAAAAUGUGGCAGACUCGAGAUGUGUGGAAAAGCCGGAUAAAAGAAAUAUCAAUUUUUACUGAAUUAAGAUUUAUUGGACCCGUGCAGAACUUUACAAUACUGAAUCUAGGUGCAAGAACUGUUGAAAUCUUCCUGCAGCCACCCAAAGAGAAAUAUGGAGAUAUCAUUGGAUAUCUGAUUGAAACCACAGGAGAUAAAUUUUGCCAGAUCAUGGUCUUAAACUGUUCAGGAUGCAAUAUGACAAAAAAAACGACCUAUGCACUGCCAGCUGCCUGUAAAGAAAAACUUUGCACUAAAACAAAGUUCUUGGAGAAAGAAGUUGAAACACUUAAGAAAAAAGUUACAAUUAAAAACCUUUUGCCAUAUCACAAGUACAAAAUUUUGGUAAUGGCUUACAACAAAGAAAUAUGUGGAAAGAAAACUCAGAUGUCCAUCAAUACUCUGGAAAGCACUCCGUCAAAACCAAUCAGUAUGAUAACCAAAGAAGGUGUUCCAUCACCAGUGGUUAAUUUGGAAAUUACAAAAGUGACAAAUACAUCCUUAGAAUUCAAAUGGGAACGACCAUGUUUCCCCAAUGGGAAUAUUACAAAUUACAGAGUAGAAUAUUCAAAUGAAGGUGGCAUGGUGAAUCACAAUCAAACUAUCGCUCUGGCUGGUAAACUGGAAAAACUUCAUCCGUAUCAAACAUACAGUAUCAAUGUUUCAGCUUGCACCAGAUCAGGAUGCUCAAAAAGUGAAAAUGUCAAAAAUAGAACUCUGGCUGGAACUCCGUCAAAAGUAAGACAACUUCAAGGCACUUCUGUAUCAAAUGACAGUAUCACAUUAAAAUAUGAGGCUCCGAAGCAUAAAAAUGGCAUUAUUAUAAGUUACACAAUAGAAGUCUGUUUUAAAAAACAUAUUUGUAGACAUACACCAAACAACACCGUAUCCAUUUGCAAUGAGUUCAACACAACAGAAAGAACAUACGUUCUCAAAGACCUUAAACCAAAUUGGCCUUAUAUAGUGAGAGUUUGUGCAUGGACCAGCAAAGGUGCUGGCAAAUUUAGUAAGCCAAUCAGUAUGAUAACCAAAGAAGGUGUUCCAUCACCAGUGGUUAAUUUGGAAAUUACAAAAGUGACAAAUACAUCCUUAGAAUUCAAAUGGGAACGACCAUGUUUCCCCAAUGGGAAUAUUACAAAUUACAGAGUAGAAUAUUCAAAUGAAGGUGGCAUGGUGAAUCACAAUCAAACUCUCGCUCUGGCUGGUAAACUGGAAAAACUUCAUCCGUAUCAAACAUACAGUAUCAAUGUUUCAGCUUGCACCAGAUCAGGAUGCUCAAAAAGUGAAAAUGUCAAAAAUAGAACUCUGGCUGGAAUUCCUCUAAAUGUGAAAAACGUUAUAGCAAAACCAAAUAGUAGCACCAGUGUCACUGUCAGAUGGGAUCAACCUCAAGACAAGAUGGGACCCACAAAUUAUGUAGUAGAAACAUUGGACAAUGGGAAGAAGCUAAAAGGAUGCAAGGCAGAAGGAUUUGAGUCAACUGAUUGUACAGUGACAGGAUUAGAGGAAUACUGGUCAUAUUCAUUUAUUGUGACUGCCUGGACAUCUGCUGGACAGAGUAAAUCCAUGGAAAGUCCUGAAGUCCGUACACAUGAAUCAAAUCCUGGUCAUGUGACAAAUCUUGAGAUUGGACUCAAAUGUUACACACGGAUUUAUGUCAAAUGGGAGCCACCCGUCUUACGGGAACGGAAUGGAAUAAUAUGUAAAUACCGUGUAAACCUGGAACAAAAUGGAUCAAACCAAACUCAACUUGUAAAUACAACUCAUCGGUACAAAGAAUUCAAUGUAAAAACUGAACGUAACUAUACAGUUCAGGUUCGAGCAAUAACAAAAAUUGGAGAAGGUCCUAUCACAGAAAAAACAAUCAGUGUACCUGCUGGACCUCCUGUGAUUCCUGAAGGAAUUCUAUUCAGUCCAGCACCAUUUUUUGCUAAGGACAGAAGAAAGCAAAUUGCUAUUUUGUUACCAAUGAAAUUCUUCUCCAAUGACAGCAAUGGUCAGCCUAACCUAUGGGGCUUGAUUGUGGCUCAGUCAGAAGCAGUAAAUGGCAAUAAUACAGGAAUGCAAAAACGUUUGAAUGAAUUUCAUUUAAAAAAUAUGCAAAGAUGGGAAGACGUCCAUGAUAAUGACAUCAUACAAGCCUACCGACCAACUUCAGAUGACUGGAAACCACCGCCCUUCUAUGGUGACGAUGGGAACAGCCAUUAUAUUUUGGGAGCAGACAAAGAUUGUGAUAUGGGAAAAUAUUAUUGCAAUGGUUACUUGCAGCCGGGAAGAAGUUACAGGAUUAAAGCAUUUAUGUGCACAAGAGGUGGGUGCUCAGAAACGAAAUAUUCUGGACUCUUUUACACAGAAAAAGACCUGAGUCCUGUCUAUAUUAGUUUGCCAAUUUUGAUCAUUACAGCAUUGUUAUCAUUGGCUGCAGUUAUCUUCAUGUGGAGAAAACAGUUAUUCUGCUUCAGAAAACAAGAUAUUCCUAUUUUUUCAGAAGUUUCUUUUGUCCGCAAGAUUGGAGAAACAAACAAAUCCUUUGUUAUGAACCUUGAGCCUAAGUCCCGGAGCAUCAAUCUGGAUGAAUUCCAUGAAAAAGUUGAAAAGAUGAAAAAAGAUUCGAACCUUUUAUUCUGUGAAGAAUUUCAACUUUUACGAACUAGCAGCCCAUCAAAAACUCAUUUAGCAGCUGAAUUGCAGGCCAACAGAACAAAGAACCGCUACACAAAUAUCCUUGCCUUUGACCAUUCCCGUGUAAAAUUGCUUCCGCUGGAUGAUGAAGAAGGAUCAGACUACAUAAAUGCCAAUUAUAUGCCUGGUUACCAUUCGAAGCGAGAAUACAUAGCUGCUCAGGGUCCUCUGCCAGGAACCAAAGAUGAUUUCUGGAGGAUGGUAUGGGAACAAAAUGUAUCUGUGGUUGUCAUGGUAACACAGGCUGUGGAACGUGGAAGAAUUAAAUGUGAAAUCUACUGGCCAACAGGGACGGAUCCUGUUUAUUUUGGUGACCUUGUGAUUCAGUUACGAUCUGAAUCAAACCUUUCUGAUUACAUUCUGAGGAUCCUGGAUGUACAACUGGGGGAUCAAAAGAGAGAAGUAAAGCACUUCCAUUUUCUGAAAUGGCCAGAUUUUGGUUGUCCUGCCAACACAUCACUGUUGAUCAAUUUUAUCCAGACUGUUCGUUCAUACAUGCCUUACACAGCAACAGGACCAACCAUCAUUCAUUGCAGUGCUGGAGUUGGUCGAACUGGGACUUUCAUUGCUAUUGACUGGCUGUUGCAACAUAUUCGGGAACACUCAGAAGUUGACAUAUUUGGACUGAUCUUGGAGAUGAGAGGUUAUCGUGUCAAUAUGGUCCAAACUGAGGAUCAAUAUAUUUUCAUUCAUCAAUGCAUCGAUGACCACAUGAGACAAAUAUCUGCUGAGGAAGAUAUCUACAUGAAUGAAACUCAGAUGUAA